GCCCGGCGGCCGGGGGACGAUGCGACCCAGCUGAGUGCGGCCCGAGAGGGGCGGGCGCGCUGAGGACGGGCAGCGUCGGCAGCAGCGGCAGCCCCGCCGCCCGAGUCUGAGUAGCCCGGCAGCCGCCCGCCUCACCCCCCUGCCCUCCCCCGGUCGGGGCGGGAGCCGCCGCGGCCGUCCCAUGUCCCGCAAGGCCAGCGAUAAUGUGGAGUACACGCUGCGGAGCCUGAGCAACCUGAUGGGCGAGAAGAGGCGGCGGCAGGCGGACGGGUCCGCCGGCUCGGGCGCGGCGGCGGGCGAGCGGAGCCUCAUCGCCGCCGAGUCCUGCUCCAGCCUCAACAGCGCGGCGUCGGGCGGAGAGCUGGAGCGGGCGGCGCGGCGCCAGUUCCAGCAGGACGAGACCCCCGGCUUCGUCUACGUGGUGUCGGUCUUCUCCGCCCUGGGGGGCUUCCUCUUCGGCUACGACACCGGCGUGGUGUCGGGGGCGCUGCUCCUCCUCAAGAGGGAGCUCAACCUGGACGCGCUCUGGCAGGAGCUGCUCGUCUCCAGCACGGUGGGCGCCGCCGCCCUGUCCGCCCUGGCCGGCGGCGUCCUGAACGGGCUGUGCGGCCGGCGGCCCUGCAUCCUGCUGGCCAGCGGGCUCUUCACGGCGGGCUCCGGCGUGCUGGCCGCCGCCCGCGACAAGGAGACGCUGCUGGCGGGACGCGUGGUGGUGGGGCUGGGCAUCGGUGUAGCAUCCAUGACUGUGCCAGUGUACAUCGCAGAAGUGGCUCCACCACACUUACGAGGCAGAUUAGUCACCAUCAACACUCUCUUCAUCACUGGAGGGCAGUUCUUCGCCAGCGUUGUCGAUGGAAUCUUCAGCUACCUCGCCAAGGAUGGAUGGAGGUACAUGCUGGGCCUGUCAGCUGUACCAGCAGUUAUACAGUUUCUUGGCUUCCUGUUUCUUCCCGAAAGUCCCCGCUGGCUCAUUCAGAAAGGGCAGACCCAGAGGGCACGGAGGAUUCUGUCUCAAAUGCGUGGCAACCAGGCAAUUGAUGAAGAGUAUGACAGCAUCAAAAACAACAUUGAAGAAGAAGAAAAGGAGGUUGGAGCAGCUGGACCUGUGAUCUGCAGAAUGCUAACAUACCCUCCAACUCGAAGAGCCUUAAUUGUGGGUUGUGGUCUGCAGAUGUUUCAACAACUGUCAGGGAUUAACACCGUCAUGUACUACAGUGCUACCAUUUUGCAGAUGUCAGGAGUGGAAGAUGACAGGCUUGCAAUCUGGCUGGCUGCACUGACAGCAUUUAUAAACUUUAUUUUUACUCUUGUGGGAGUCUGGCUUGUUGAAAGAAUGGGUCGCCGGAAACUCACACUUGGUAGCUUAACAGGUACUGCUGUAGCACUCAUUAUCCUAGCUUCGGGAUUCUUGCUAUCAGCUCAGGUCUCGCCAAGAAUCACACUUAAUCCAACAGAUCCUUCACAUCAAAACUCUACCUGCACAAAAUACAGUUACUGCAAUGGAUGUAUGUUAGAUCCAGACUGUGGUCUCUGCUACAAAUUGAAUAAAUCAAGUGUUGUUGAGUCCUCAUGCAUUCCUGUUGAUGAACACUCUACAAUGAAAGCAGCUUGGGGCAGGUGUUCAAAUGAAUCCAUAUUCAAAAAGGAAGAUUUAUUUUGGGCAUACAAUUUCUGCCCCACUCCGUACUCUUGGACAGCACUUCUGGGCCUUAUUUUGUAUUUGGUUUUCUUUGCACCUGGGAUGGGUCCUAUGCCCUGGACUGUCAAUUCUGAAAUUUAUCCACUUUGGGCCAGAAGCACAGGAAAUGCAUGUUCUUCUGGAGUCAACUGGGUUUUCAAUGUGCUCGUGUCACUGACAUUUCUGCAUACAGCUGAAUACCUGACAUACUAUGGAGCCUUCUUCCUCUACGCAGGCUUUGCUGCCUUGGGACUGGUUUUCAUCUAUGGCUGCCUUCCUGAGACUAAAGGGAAAAAACUGGAGGAAAUUGAAUCUCUGUUUGAAAACAGGCUAUGUACAUGUGGUAUGUCAGAUUCUGAUGAAGGGAGGUACAUCGAGUAUAUUCGGGUGAAGGGAAGUAAUUACCAUCUCUCUGACAAUGAUGCUUCUGAUGUGGAAUAAUUUUCAGCUGCUGAUGUAUUUAAUCAUUUAAAAGCCUUCUGGGGGAAAAGCAGCUCUCUGAUGACCUCACUGCCCUGCUUCUGGUCUGGUUCUCCUUUCUACUGUGUAUUUUAAAAUGCCUUCAUGUUCAAAAAUGCUCCAUUUGGGAGGAAAUUCAAUAUGCUAGCGUUUUCUUGAUAACUGAAAGCAAUGGCUUCCAAAAGAGAUUGAAUUCCACGGUUAUGUGACUUUACCAAGUGUGUGUGACACUGCACCAUCCCCAGAGGUUUAGUAGGGUGCACUGUACCAGAUGAAUACAGAAGGCUAUCCUAGAUGGUCAGGGGCUGUCCUUAUCUCCAAUGCUGACAAAACCUAAAAAAAUCGCUUGGCUGAUGAGAAAGCAGCUGACAGUUGUUGGAUCCCCAUCCCAUAGGAGCCAAGGAAGAAGCUCUGCUGUGCAGUAUGACAAAGCAUGAAUGCAUAAGCUGCUGUUAUAGUAACGAUUUAAAAGGUUUAACUGAUUGGGAAAAUACAAAUACCUGCUGUAUCCAUCAGAGGGACAUUUCCCAAAUUUACCCAAAGAGAGAGAAUUUCCAUUAUUUAUUUGAGCUAGCAAGUAGAGAGCCAUACUCACCUGGAUGGGGGUUCACUAGGGUGGUGUGUGCCUGUGCUACACCUGGUUAUCCACCCACUGCUGCUCCUGAGUACAUGCUGCAGUUGGGAGUUGAUGUUUGUGAGAAAAACUGCCAAAAUUGAUUACUGACAGCAGGAAAACAGAGCUCAGUACGUGGCCACACGUACAAUGUACUGGUAUAUAUUGCUAGGUACAACAUAGAGGCUUCAGUUUAAAAAAAAAAUAAAUGUUCGUUUUCUUUUUUAGCAUGUGAACAUAUUGGUUUGUGCCUAAUUUUGAACAUAAAAAUACCAUUAGCUAAAAGAAAGAGAAGGAGGGGAGUGGGUUUGUGCUGCUCCAUGCACAGUGGUCAUCCCUCCUGCGCCUUUUGCUGUGAGUGAUUAUUGCCUUCAGUUUAUCUCCAGAUGUGCCGAGUAAAUGACUCCCAGCACAUUUUUCUUCAGAUUUCCAUAGUCAAUUGGUGUCUUGCUGGAUCUAAAGAGAAAUAUUAGCCAUGGGCAGAAGCCUGCAUCUCAUAUUAAUUGCCUUACCGAAGCAUUGCAAGCUUGUCAAGAAAAUGUCAGGCACAAAAGUAACUUGGCUGCCUUUAGCAUGGUAAUGAAAAUAUGAAUGGUAUUUUAUUCACCUGCUGUGAUUGCUUGCCUUGGCAAAUUGAAUUUUAUGCAGCUACAUAAAAAUAUUAUUUGUUUUUUUCUUUGUCCUGUCCUCACUGCUUUAAGUCUUCAAAGAUAUGAGUUUGAAAGCAUCAACAAUUCAAAUUCUUAUCUUUGGAACAUUUGCUUCAUGAAAGAAUGUGGGAAAAUUCCUCUGCCUGUGGGCUGACACCCAUUAAUUUGGUAAAAAAUACAUUUAUUUUUCAUUGUGUAAAGAUUAAAGAAGUCAUUAGGUUCAUUAGCUUUUAUAGAUUUGGUUUGCGGGUUUUUCUUGGGUUGAAAAAUGUUUUUAAUGUUGGGUUGCUAUCAAAACCAAGCCUGGACUUUUGUUACUAAAUUAUUUUUAUUGGAUAACAUGGGGUUUUGUUGUUGUAAAGAAGUCUUACAUUAUGUUAUCUAAUCUUCUGUGGGGGGAGUUCUUAUUCUCCAAUCAUUGACCUUCAGGGAUUGGGUGUAUUUUGGUUUUUUUCUUUUUUUUUUUUUUUUUUUUGUUUUUUUUUUUUUUUUUUUUUUUUUGUUUUUUUCUUUUUUCUUAAUCAGAGAAAUAUUUUUGGAAAGAAAACAUUUUAAGGAAUCUUCCUGUGACUUGACUGGAGCUAAAAGGGAAAAACAUAGUAGACUGAGGGAAUUUCAAAUGAAUCUUUGCAAAGAGCAGCUCGACCUUGCACGUCUCCUGUGUGGUGAGAGGGCUGGAUUCUCAUGCCUUCCAUCUUGCCUCCCUUUUAAGCGCACAAUAUUUUUAUGCUUGAAAGCACCGGCUGUAGAAAAUGCUGAGAUCUCCAGAUCUGUCUAUUGCAAAUGCUGAGGUCCUCAGACCUCCCUACAAAUGCCCCUGCUGUGGGAUGCCUCCCUUCGGCUGUCACCUCUUUGAAGGUUUCACUGAAGGUGCAGUACCCGAAAUGGGAAAAUUAGAUACUUGGCACAGAGAGAAUAACAAAAUGGUUUCAAGGAGAAAUUAACUUAUUUCUGAAACCAAAAAGUGGUGUUUGAAGACCUGAAUUGGAAGCAGUUUUGUUACCUAGAGCAGUGUGUGAAUAGGUGUGUAACAGCCAAUCUGUGCUUACACAGUUUAAGUGGUUUAAGUGGGUAUUUUCUGGCUUCUGGGGAUGGGGACUUAGGGUUCUGACAGCCCCAGAAAGCACAAGCCCACAUUCACCUUCACCCCUGUGAACAUUCCCUUGCUUGGGGUGUCAGGAGUGGGAGCCAGGUCCCUGUGACAGCGCUGACCUCUCUUGUGUCACAGGGAGAGGGAAGGUGCAGGGAUUGGCCAGAACUGCAGCAAAGUCACUGGAAAGGUCACUGUCACGGGGUCAGCAGCCUCUUCUGUUUUGCAGGCAGUGCUGGGGCUUUUUAGCAGCAGAAGAACCAUCCCUGUCUGCCAGCCUUGUUCCAUGGACCUUCCCAAAGGGCGCUCGGUCGCGUACAGCGCUGGGCUCGUUUUCUCAACACAAGAGAAAACAGUUAAACUUACUGAAAACACUUUCCUGAAGGUUUGUAUCCCUUGUCCCUUCUCCCAAGACGCAGCAAUUGAAACAUGCAUUUAUUCCUCACUGCUGCUGGCCAUGAGGGUACAAAAUACAUUGGCUUCUUUAUUGUCCCUCCCUGUUCUGUGCAUAUGGAGAGCAGGGUUUAAGUCUUCCUUUUAGGGUUUCUUCACACCAAGAAAGCAUUCCAUACCUUACAAACACUGACCCAAGCAUCAUGUGUAUUAAAAGUGAGAUCAGAUACUUCAAAUUAAUCUUAUGCUGUAGGGUUUUAUUUUUAGAAUCUGUGAACAUUGAGAGUUUAUGAAGAAAAUUAGAAAUAUGUUUCUAUUUUGCAAAUAUUUUUUAUAUUUAUGAGUAUUUUAAGUUUUAUGAGAUUUUUGCUAAAGGUAGACUUAGUAACAUUCCAGAUUAAAAAAUAAAAAUACAGUGUAACUGAGUAAUUUCUUAUUACAAGAAUUUCAUUUAUGAAGUAGCAUAAAUAACAUGUCUAAGCACAAUAUUCUUUUAUUGAAAGCUUUUUGCAGAAGAUGUGAAAUUGUUUCUUCACAAGGACUGCACACUUAAUUCAGGUAUUCUGUGCAUCAGGAGUGUUAGAGUAAUACUGCUGGUAGAGUUGGGCAUGUUGAUUAUACACAACAAUUUGAGAUAUUUUAAUUCUGAAUUAUCCACCAACUCUACAUGUCGUGAGCUAACACCAGAUAUAAAAGAAACAAGUCCUGAUGCAUUUUUAAUAUUUUAAAAUUAAUUUCAUGGUAAUUUGCGUUUAGGAUUUUGUUCACCAUGCUGAAUAAUUUGAGAUAAUUUGGCACUUUUUUCUUCCCCUCGUCACUUUGUUGAUCAAAAUAAUCUUUUAACAAGAGAACCAAACCUGUUUUGAAAAUAGAGAGAGUCAAAGCAAAGCCCAGGAGCCAUUUGGGGGCUGGAGUUUCAUUGCUGUGUUGGCACCUUGGGUUGGUCUCUCUGGUGGACGUCUCCCUGGGAGGUGCAGUGACAACGCUGGCAGAAAUGGUGGGGCAAGAAAGGGUGAAUCACAAAGGACCAUUGCUCCAACACAAACCCAUUAGGGAUGGGUUGAUAAUGCCACAUUUCACUUGUGUAGGAGUUAGGGUUGGGGGGGGAGAUGAAGGAAAUGAUGCACCAAAGGCACCACAAAGUCCAGUUUCAGUAGAGAUGGGUGUUGUAGGCAGCAGGAGCAGUCUCUGCUUGUCUCCCUCAUGGGGUGGGGAUGAUGGGGCGAGGGCCUUGGCUUGGCCCUGUGGACAGGAAUGGAGGGGCUGUCAGGAGAAGAAGCACUCUAGUGUUGCUCUCCCAUGCCUGCUGGGAGGUGAGGACGUGGCAGUGGACUUGACAAAGUUGUUUUUUCCUUGGUGAAAUCUCUUUUGCCAUUUGUAGUCACUUGGGCUGAGCACUGGGGAGAAGUUUUGACCUUCAGGAGCUGCUACAGGCCCGAAGCAAGGGUCUUGCCUUAGGCCAUGCAGUCCCACAGGCAUUCAGUGGGCAAGGGAAAGACAGACCUUGUACUUCUCCACUUUUUACCCAGCUUUCUACUUCUUGGUGAUGCUCUUCUAACAUGGUCAUUUUGAAAUUUAACUUGCACUGUUGGCUUUGUUGGCUGAACAUCACUACUGCAGAAGAGGCAGAAUCUUUACAGCAGAGAAUGAUCUGGGGGUAGAAAUCAAGGCAGAAGAGAUGGCUCUGCAAUGCACUUUAAAGAGUAAGAUAUCUGUGCACUUUUUCUGAGAGAAUCAAGCUAACCAAACCCAUUCCUCUGCAUUGGGAAGAGAAUCAAGCUUUGUGUACCAGGCCAGAAGCAGAUAAUGCCACAAUAUGUGCUUUAUGGCAAAAUGUGUUUUUAUUGCGGGUAACAUUUACAGCUUACAUGUAGCUGCUGCCUAUAAAGUGACUCAAUUGUUCUCUGGAUUUUAACAAGUCAUACUUUUGUGCAAAAAUCUUAGUGGUUUUCUAUCAAUCUUCAUCACCUUGUGUACAGUACAGUUAAGCGUAAUCCACAGUGGUCUAGAUUGUGGCAGUGUUUCAAAUGUCAGCACAGUAAAAUUCUAGGUGAACAUUGUUAAAGAAGUAUUGUUGUUUGUGAUACUGGGGGUUAAAAUUCCUCAAAGGCAACUAUAUAUAGAUUUUAAAAGUCUGAAAAAAAAAGGCAGUUCUUAUCUAUUUUGUGUAUGUUUUCAUAUAGAGAAGGAGUUUUUUAUGUGCCAAUAACCAUCACUGUAGUGUUUUGUAAAUGGAUGUUAAUAGUGUUGCAGAGUUCUGUAUAUGAGAAUAUACUUUAGCCACAAUGACCUGUUAGUGUGAACCGUGGCAUGUUUUUAAUCUUACACCUCUCAUCAGAGGUGCUCACUCGUUGGCUUCAGUAGAGCUCACUCAUGCCAGGGGAAGUUUGACAAGAGUCAGGCCUCAACAAUACAGACUUCAUCUAAAUCCCUGCUUUUUCACAUUGUCCCCAGACAGUAUGUUACAUGUGAACGAUCUUGCACAUGUAAUUUUAAAGCUUCAACUCCAGUUCAGUUAAUCUCCUUGAUUUUGUUGAGCAAAAUGUUGUCAGAAUUUGCUUUGGCCUUUCAUGACAUUUAUAUAAAUAAGGAGCAUACUGAUGAAUUGUGAACAUUGUCCACCUAUUUCUAAAGGAACCAUCUGUUUCUGAAGUGUUAAAAUAAAGGCAAAUUUCUCUUGCUGCCUUAAACAUUACACAGACUUUGGAGAGGACUGAAUGUAUGACCAUCAUCGUGAACUUCUGCAGGAGAAACUUCACGGAUGCUCAGCAGGUGUGAAACGAGGGGGUCUCAUGGUGCUGGGUUACACUGCAGGCCCUGCCUAGAGCACGCCUGCCAUCUGUUUGAUUUCCAGUGUUCCAGCAGUCCCUGGGAAGCUGAUGGGAUUAUCCAUGUGCUUGAUAUUCUCCAUGUGCUCAGUGUCCUGCUGGUCCGGGACGUCCCUGGGAAGUGGCACGAGUCAUGUCUCUGCUUUCCAUUGUGAAUCUCACUCCUCUGCAAAAUGGUUCACUGGAUCUGGGUGGGACAAAUGCCAUCUAGAAUAUCUGAGACAUUACUGGGGACCAAGCUGAUGGUAAUAAUUCCAUGCUGAAUAAUGUGCACAUGGUGCCAUCAGGCACACUGUAAUCCCUGGGCACGGGUUAUGGUGUUCAGUACAAAACAGGUUUUGGCAGAACAAUUUGCUGGGUUGUCCAAGUAAUUUCUUAACCAUGUUGAAAAUGUGCCAUUUCCAUUUCCAACCGGUCAAGCCUAUAAUGUAUGAAAGUGUUGUACAUUUUCUGAAACUUAAGUGAUGUAAAAUUAUUUAAUUGACUUAUGAUUGCUUUAAUGAAGUUUGGUCUUUACAUAAAAAUAAAUAUCUUCAAAGAAUUGUCAGUGCCAGAAGUGUAAAUGAACAAAAUAAAAGGUCAGAUACUUAA